GAAAACCCAUUUUUCUGACUGCACCUAAAGGCAGCACUGUAUGAGCUAAUCUGUAGCGGAGGGAGCCUGCCGCCGCAGCGUGGAUAUGUCGGACCCGGCUACACAGGCCUUACAGCCCCGGCUUCUCCAAGCCCAGUCGAGUGGCUCAGCGGGGUCCGGCACAGGGAACAGCGACCCGGUUAGACCAGGACUUAGCCAGCAACAGCGUGCGAGCCAGAAGAAAGCCCAAGUCCGAGCUUUCCCACGGGCGAAAAAGCUUGAGAAACUUGGCGUAUUCUCCGCGUGCAAGGCCAGUGACACAUGCAAGUGCAAUGGAUGGAAAAACCCGAACCCCCCCUCAGCUACACGGAUGGAUCUGCAGCAGCAAGCAGCUAGCCUGAGCGAGCCCUGCCGCAGCUGUGGACAUGCCCUGGCUGAUCACGUGUCGCAUCUGGAGAACGUGUCUGAGGAUGAGAUUAACAGACUAUUGGGAAUGGUGGUUGAUGUGGAGAAUCUUUUCAUGUCUGUACACAAAGAGGAGGACACUGAUACCAAACAAGUGUACUUCUACCUUUUCAAGCUGCUGAGGAAAUGCAUCCUACAGAUGAGUCAGCCUGUUGUAGAGGGAUCCCUCGGAAGCCCACCUUUUGAAAAGCCCAACAUCGAGCAGGGCGUUUUGAAUUUCGUACAGUACAAGUUCAGCCACCUUGCCCCAAAGGAGAGACAGACCAUGUUUGAACUGUCAAAGAUGUUUCUCAUAUGUCUGAAUUACUGGAAGCUUGAGACACCAACACAGUAUCGUCAGCGUACCCAGAAAGAUGACGCAACAGCAUACAAGUUGGACUACACCAGGUGGUUGUGCUACUGCCACGUCCCGCAAAGUAACGACAGCUUGCCGCGCUAUGAGACCACGCAGGUGUUUGGCCGAAACUUGCUCAAGUCCAUCUUUACGGUUACUCGCCGCCAGCUCCUGGAGAAGUUCAGAGUGGAGAAGGACAAACUGCUGCCAGAGAAACGCACACUUAUUCUUACGCACUUUCCCAAGUUCCUGUCGAUGCUGGAAGAAGAAAUAUAUGGUGAAAAUUCACCCAUAUGGGAGGCGAGCUUCACCAUGCCAGCCUCAGACAGCACGCAGAUUGGACAUCAGACCGUGAUCAGUCCUGCUUCAGGGUCUGGGUCUCCUGCUUUGUCCAAAUGUCUGAACAGCACCUCCUCUCUGGGCAGCACUGACAUGGGAGGUGUAGAGCCCAUCACAGGGGACAAACGCAAACUUCCAGAGGCAUUGACGCUGGAAGAUGCCAAGAGGAUCCGUGUGAUGGGGGACAUUCCUAUGGAGCUGGUGAAUGAAGUCAUGAUGACGAUCACUGAUCCUGCAGCUAUGCUCGGACCGGAGACUAAUUUGCUGACGCCUAAUGCUGCCCGUGAUGAGACCGCAAGACUAGAGGAGAGACGAGGCAUCAUAGAGUUCCAUGUCAUCGGAAACUCCCUUUCCCAAAAGUCCAACAAGAAGAUCCUGAUGUGGCUGGUUGGCCUUCAGAACGUCUUUUCCCAUCAGUUACCCCGCAUGCCCAAAGAGUACAUCACACGACUCGUGUUUGACCCGAAGCACAAAACCUUAGCCCUCAUUAAAGAUGGCCGUGUCAUUGGAGGCGUCUGUUUUAGGAUGUUUCCCACUCAGGGCUUCACAGAGAUCGUCUUCUGUGCUGUCACAUCCAACGAGCAAGUCAAGGGUUACGGCACCCACCUGAUGAACCACCUGAAGGAGUACCACAUUAAACACAACAUCCUUUAUUUCCUCACUUAUGCUGACGAGUAUGCCAUUGGCUACUUCAAAAAGCAGGGGUUUUCCAAAGACAUUAAAGUGCCGAAGAGUCGAUACCUGGGAUACAUCAAAGACUACGAAGGAGCAACCCUGAUGGAGUGUGAGCUAAACCCUAGAAUCCCCUACACAGAGCUUUCUCACAUCAUUAAAAGACAGAAGGAGAUUAUUAAGAAGCUGAUUGAGAGAAAACAGAGUCAAAUCAGAAAGGUUUACCCAGGUCUCACCUGCUUCAAAGAGGGUGUACGACAGAUUCCAGUGGAAAGCAUCCCUGGAAUAAGGGAGACAGGCUGGAAACCCAGUAACAAGGACAAAGGGAAAGAGGUGAAGGACCCCGAUCUGUUGUACAACUUGCUGAAGAACCUCCUGGCACAAAUAAAGACUCAUCCUGAUGCGUGGCCCUUCAUGGAACCUGUGAAGAAAUCUGAAGCUCCUGAUUACUACGAAGUCAUCCGCUUUCCCAUUGACCUGAAGACCAUGACAGAGAAACUGAAGAACAGAUACUAUGUGACCAAGAAGCUCUUUAUUGCGGACCUACAGCGAAUCAUCAGCAACUGCCGCGAGUACAACCCUCCAGACAGCGAGUACUGCAAGUCUGCCAACACCCUAGAGAAGUUCUUCUACUUCAAAUUAAAAGACGGUGGCCUGAUAGAGAAAUAAACUACUGCUCAUGUGAAAAAAUAUUGGCACCAUUGUCAUAUCUGGGUUCAGAAACAGAUAUGAAUACCAUACAUUUUGCAGGGGAGUUGUGGGACUUGAGCAAAGUCAGCUGAGCAUUAAUAGUGUCAAACUGAUAUCCUCUUCAAGUCUUCUUCUAACAUUUCCCAGAACUCAGCCGGAGUGAAUCAUUCAUGCCUCAUGGAGAGUACCAAAGUCUUACAGGUCCAGGAUUUAAAACUGCUUCUGCUCUCGCUGUUAUUUACUGACGCAUAUUUAUUGUCAUUGAUGAUGGUUUAAUUGCAUAAAACAAGUCACAGGAGACAUUGUAGGUGUUAGAAAACUGAAUAUCGGGACCUAAAGCCAUGUUGCCUUUUGUUACUGAAAGACACUUGAACAUCCCAGCCAGUUUCACGGGUGUGAAGUUGGCCUUUCUCAGAGGAUUCGUUUGGAGAGUGACAGUACUUUGCUCAAAAUACUGAGUCCACUUGAAUCGGCCAUUAAUUGAGAAAUGUAUAUAGUUGUUACUUGGUUAUGAUGUGAAAAUAGUUGAUUUUCUUUUUUCCUCGAAUACUGGUCCGUCAUUUUCCUUUUGAUUAUAGAGUAACCAUUUUUAUUAUCAGUUAGGAAAACAGUUUUUAACACAUUGUUUACUCUAAACAAUUUGACUGCACAUCCAAACUGUGCUAACCGAUAGAUUUGGUUUCUGAUUUUUCCUGUGCCAAACUAAGCAAUUUCCAGAAGGCAAAUGCUUUCAUGAUCACAUCAUGAUACACUUUCAUAAUAUCCAAGAAACUCUUCAAGUAUUGCAAGGUUUUGUAACACAUGCAAUGUCCAGGUCUCAUUUGGCUUCGCUUUGAAAUGCCUCUACUGGUGAACCACAUGCGUUGGCCCCGAUUUAGUUUUUUUUUAAUCAGUUUUCACAAACAUGAUACAAAUAGUUUUUUGCAUACAGCCACAAUGUUUUGUUUGUUACUUGUUUGCUGGAUCACGUUCGCUGGGGAGAAUCUAACCAGUAAGACUUCCAGAGUAUUCGGGCUUUAGGUUGAGCAUUAAGACAUUGAUUUAUUUCUCACACCAUAUUGACUGCACACAACAGUUUACAUUUGUCCUUUUCCAAAAUGACUUACUUUGUUUUUGCUGUUUACUCAUUUGCUAUUUACUCAAACAAAUUGUUUUCAAUUAUUAGUCAGUGUCAAAGUGCUUCCUGAGAUGCAUCCAGUUUUUCAGGGAAGUAAAUGUCAAAUGCUGACUGAUUCAGCUUAUUGAAUGUUUCAUUGACACUGUAUGUAUGUAUGUAUUUAUGUGUGUGAUAAUCUUUUAUUUUGUACUUGAAGAGCUUUGUUGAAGUGAUAUCAGUGCUUCAUUGUUCAGGGUUUUCAAUAAUGCGUUUCACCUUAAAUCCACCUAUGCUGCAUUUCAAUCCAGUAAAAGAAGCUUCAGUCGGAGUGAAGUUUUCGGUUGUUGAGUUGAAUGCAAUUUACUGUAAAACUGUUCAUGACAAUAAAUGACUUUUUUUAUA